AUGAGGAGUGCAAUAUGUGAGUAUAAGAAAGAGAAUUCAACUAUUAGCCAAAAAGACAUGCAAGCAUGGGUGCAACAAAAGUUUGAUUUGACUACUAGUAAAUCAACAAUAUCGAACACUCUCAAAAGGACGUUAAAAUAUUUGUCAAAUCAGAGGAAAAACAGCGAUGUUAAAAGGCACAAAUCGGCAAAAUACCCUGAUUUAGAGAAAGUUUUCUUUUCUAGUGGAUGGUUAGAACGUUUCAAGGCAAGAUAUGGAAUCAAAUCUUACCGACGUUUUGGUGAAAGUGGUUCAGUUAUCAUGGAGAACAUUGAAAAUGCUUUACUUGGAAUACGAUCAAAACUAGUUGAUUGA